CCUUCUUUCCCCCACUCCCCUUUUCCCAAGCUGGAUCAGUGUGUAGGGAGGGCAGUCAUCACGCCAUCCUGAGCAGCAGGAGCUGACGUUGGAUGAAGCAGCCAGGUAGCUGAAAAAAGGCACAGAAGGCAGCUGAUACCCACUUUUCAACGUGAUUUUUUUUUAUUUUUUUUUAGUCUGAAUCUGGACUUCAAGCAACACAGCGCCUGAGACAGCUCAUCUGAACCACACUGUAUUGCAAUUCUCGCUCUUCCCAGAGAAAAAGACUCCGCUGAAUAGCAGGAUGCUGCCAGUAUUGCAGCUAGGGUUACAAUAUAGAUCCUUUUUGUAACAUUUUCAAAUCUCUUUCUGUUCAUAUAUAGAUACAUACAUACACUCAAAUAUCAAUUCUUCCUUUUUGAGAGUACCUUUGGCUUUUGCUACCCUGAUGUGACUUCUUCAUCUUGGAAUGAUGGGGAUCUUUCUAGCUUAUGUUGGAUUCAUUUUCUUUUCAGUUAUGUAUAUUCAACAAGGACUUUCUACCCAAGCAAAAUUCACUGAGUUUCCCCGAAAUGUCACAGCCACUGAAGGACAGAAUGUGGAGAUGUCUUGUGCUUUCCAAAGUGGCUCUGCUUCGGUGUACCUUGAAAUCCAGUGGUGGUUUCUGCGGGCAGCUGAGGACCAAGAGGCUGGAGCUGAGGUGACAGGCACUCAGGUGGAGCUCGUGCCCGAGAGGGACUUGGACAGCGACGGCACGAAGAUCAGCACAGUGAAAGUACAAGGGAAUGACAUCUCCCACAAGCUGCAGAUUUCAAAAGUGAGGAAAAAGGAUGAAGGCUUGUAUGAGUGCAGGGUCACUGAUGCCAACUAUGGAGACCUUCAGGAGUACAAGGCCCAGGCAUUUCUCAAAGUCAACGCUAACAGCCACUCCCGGCGAAUGCAAGCUUUUGAGGCAUCUCCAAUGUGGUUGCAAGAUACGAAACCUCGCAAAAACAUCUCAGCAGCUGUUCCAAGUAGCAUCCAUAACUCUGCCAAUCAACGUGUGCGUGCCACCUCCAGUCCUGAAGCAGCAGCCAAAAUCCCCAAACAAAGUCCACAAUCAGUGCAUGCCAAGACAAUCAUGGGCACCAGAGCCAACCUGGCGAGCUAAUUAAAUAUAUAAAUGUAUGUGUUUAAAACAGCCUUAUAAGGAGCAUUGGAAAUCUGCAAGAUGAGCGAAUAUCUUAUAACUUCUUCCGCAGGUGCGAGGAUAGCUACAAGCCAUGGACUUUCUGUCCUGCUUCUUGUUUGUGGCUUUGUGAAGGGUGCUUUGCUUUAAUCUAAAAGUGCUGACUUUUUCCAAUAUCACUUUCUCUUCUUAAAGCAAAGAGCAAAUCGCCUGUAAAAUCCACGGAGCGGACAGCAAAGUUGACCCUAACCUCCAACCACCACUCUGCACCCAAUGUACUCUAAAUCUCUACACAAGGAGCACCUUCUUCAGGAAGUACAAACAAAAAUACUAAAUAAAUAAUUAAAAAAAAUAUUAUAAAAAGAAGAGGAUACCACAUGUUUUCUUGAUAUAUCUUAUUUUCUUUGGCAUAUCACUGAUCUUUUCUUUGAAGAGAACUGGUGUGAUGUAGUCAAAUGUUUUGUAACAGCAAGACAUAGUUUCCUUUUCUUUCGGCAAGGAGAAGCCUCAUCCUUGACUUCUCAGGGGUUGGCCUGCGAGUCAUCAGUGUUACAGAAUUAAAAGUGGAUGACAUUUGGUUUCCUAUGCUGAAAGAACCAUACCAGCCUGGAAGCAAACAGAGGCCGAAUAACGAACCAAAACAUAGUGAUUUAACAUCAACACCCAGAAAUCACCCUACAACUAUCAAAAAGCCUUUUUUUCUUUUUUUUUUUUUUUUUUUUUUUUUGCAUGAGUAGUAGGGAAGAGACAAGAAAUUUUACAAAGCAGCGAAGCAAACUAGAGGAUGUUGUUUCUGGAAAAAAAAUCGUUUGAGUUGCUCAGGGUUUUAUUUUAUUAUUCCUUUUCCCUUGUGUUUUUUUUCCUUGUCUUUUCUUUUGGUUGUUUCUUGUUCAAUGGUGGCAAUUAUUGACUUAGGCCAACCCCUGAUGACUGUGUGGAGGUUUAUAUAUAUACAUCUUCUUUUUUGUGCGCUUUCUAUAUUUCAGUGUGUUUUCUCUAAUUUUGCAACUCCUGUAUAUGCAAAACUAACUUAAAUUCUGUAAAUUGCUUACAGUCUGUGUUAUAUAACUUCAGAGUAGACAUACUUUGAUCCUCAUGCAAUCCAGUUUUUAAUAUUAUCUAUAUGUCGUGUCACCAAUAGACAUCUAUCCUUUUUCAACAAAACAUCACUUUUUAGUUCUGUAAUUCAGUACUGUGUGGAUUAUGUAAUACAUACAUUCACUUCACUGGUUUGACUCCUUUCAGCCCUCUGUUUACUCUGUAAAUGCACAUUAAAAUUUGUUAUGGUCUCUAGACAAUGAAUUAUUUUAGUUUUGUGUAUGUUGUGUUGGGGUUCAGUUGCUCAAAGCUCUUUUAUGUUGUAAUGUUUAUAGAGGACGAAGUGAUUUGAUCACUAGAGACUGUAAAAAGCAGGUUUUCAGUCAAUACUGCAUGCAAAGGCAAGUUAGAAGGGGAAAACAGAUGAAUGAAACCUAAAAUUGCUUAAAGGAUCUACUUUUGGUAAAGAAUGUAGGAAAAUGAAUUUAUGACACUGAUAAAUUAUAUUUGCAUCACAAAUCCUGCUACAUGGCCAAAGAAGCGUCUUUCUUUGCUUUUCUGGAAGUAGAUUGUCAUUAUUCAUUAUUGAUGUUCUUAAUUAAAAUACUUUAUGUCUGUGAACUGAACAUGAGAAUUUUGCUGUUGAAUGAAGUAAUAUGCAUUACAUGAAUUACAUUCAUUAAUGCAGGAAGGAAAAAUUGCUACCAUUUGCAGCUGCAAUCAGGAAGGGUUUUUUCUUGUUCCCUUCCUUCCACUGAUUCUGAACAAUACACACCCUUUCAUUUAUCAGCACAAUCACAUAUACCACAUGCUUAUUAUGAACUAUUUACAGCUGCAAUAAGUAGAUGCAGUGUGGUCAGCUGCGUGAUUUCUCCUCAUUUUGUAAGUAAUGUAGAAGGAACUAGAAAAGAAUGUUUAAUAUUUCACUAGUCCAUGGUCUGCAGGCCUCAUACUUUAUUUCAAAAUGCCCAUGAAUCUGAAGUCUUCUCCCAUUAAUUUUAAAGGACAAAGAAUAAAUAGUAGCACAGAAUGAAAAGGUAGCACACUAAUAUUUUGGAAGAGGAAAACAGGUUUAUGCAAAUCUUACUUCCCUUAACGAUACAUUCAGUACUAUAAUCUUGACAGGGCACAGUCAGUCUUUGUUUUAGAAAAGUUUUAGCAGUAAUAGAGUAGAAAUUUGACUUAACACAGAUAAAGCAGGAAUAGCUGUCAGGAGAAAAGGGUUCCUUUAUUUCAACAUAAAAUUAAUGACCCACUAUUGAUACUGUAUAUUGAAAAGGUUUUGAUCCACAGUAAUAACAGUUUAUCAGUCUACUGACAAAGAAAAUAGAAACAGUCCCUGUUAAAAACAGGCUCUGUUAAGGUAUUCUGAAUCAAAACCAUAGUUUGAAGAGGAUGUAAAAAAAAAAAAAAAAAAAAAAAAAAAAGAGACAGAGCUUUCCAAAGUCUCAUUUUCUGAACACACUUGUGGAACAAAACUUUCAGAGCUCUGGAGGAGAGACUGCAUUUUCCCUAUAAAAUAGAUAGCUAUGACUGGAUGCUGUAAAACUCUCCCAUGUGGAGUUUGGAAAUUUCAGUUUCCCUUGGUCUUGACUGGAACCAAAUGCUUGACAUCAUGCAUAUUUCAAAUGUUUACUGUAUACAUAUAUAUUGUAUGAAUAUUCUGUAUAUGCACAUAGUAAACCAGCAGUGGCAUACGGCAUUUUUCAGAAGCAGUUUAGCCUUACGUUGUUAAAGUUAGCCUCUGAUUACUAUAUUGAACUAAUAAUGUGUUUUGCUUUAUGCUGCUACCUGCUUAGACAUAAACCACAAUGUACUAGGACGUAAGAUUAAAGAACUAGUUGACAUUAAAAACAGAAAUCUAGACCACUUGGACUAGUGUGAUACAACUCAGAAGAUAUUACUACAGAAAGUGCUGUAU